AGACAACCUGCUAUCAGGACUCCAUUAUUCGGAGCCGAACAUGAGCUUAAGUCCGGCUCCUCCGGUUCUCCGGACUGUCCGAACAUCAGCACCGUUGACAAUGUAGAUGACGGAUAACGAACACAGUUGUUUCACAUAAGAUGGAGGCUCCAAGGCCAGGGCAAGUAAUCUCCAGUUGCUUGCACCAGUGCCCAACACGCACCUUUACCACAAUCGUCUAUCGUUGCAAUCCAAAUCAAGAGCAACGAGCAGUUGUCGACAAACAGCACAGAGCUCAGUCACACAGUGUCCACAGCUUCAUCAUGACUUCAAGUCGAAAAAUCUUAGUCAUUGGCGGAAGUGGCCGUACUGGAAAACUCGUUAUUGAAGAGCUUCUCCAACGAAACCACGAAGUCCUGCCCUGGUCUAGAAACCUGGAGCUAUGAAGGACAAGAUCAACGCAAGGCUCAAAACAGUCGCCGGCACACCGAUGGAGAUCCAGGAUGUCCGUGAAGCAUUCGUCCAGAGUAAGCCUGAAGCUGUCAUCCUUACCCUGUCAGCGCCACAGGCCAGCGACAGUCUCUUCGCAGCAGUCAUCGCACCGGCUAGAUUGAUGGCAGACUCAACAGCAAACAUCGUAACCAUUACGAAGAAGUUCGGCACAUCCAAGAUCGUCAUAUUGCAAGCCUUCGACGUGGGCGAAUCAUGGAUCAACAUGCAUCGCGUGCUGCAGUUGCUGAUGAAGAAAAGCAACAUGAUAUAUCAAUACAAUGACCACAACCUCGUUGCCAAAGAGACAAAAGCAAGCGCAGAAAAUUAUGUUCUUGUGCGCCCGCCGAGACUGAUGGAGGACGAAACCAAGGAGAUUAAGGAGUACUCCAACCACGGGAAGGGCGUGUCUGUGCUAGCUGAUAUUACGAGGGAUAGUGUUGUGAAGUUUCUUGUGGAUGCAGCUGAGAGGAGUGACUGGGAUAACACUGCACCUGUCAUUACGAAUUAGAGAUAUGCCAACCGUCAGAUAACAGGAUUGGGCGUCCGCUUGACUAGCAAGAUUAGAUGCCGCAGCAAGCUAGAUGCGAAUUCAGCGGUGAAGUUCAU